AUGACAAAGGGAAAAUCCUUUUUUGCCGAAGAAGCAGUGGGAGGGCUUUCGGCAGGCGUAGUGGGUACUGUCAUUGGGUUUCCCCUCGAUACCAUCAAGACGAGGAUGCAGACGGCCAGUGGAGGUCACACCAUCACAUCCAUGGCUCGGUCCAUUGUCCAAAAGGAAGGAAUCUUUGCUCUCUACAGAGGACUUGUACCACCACUUCUCUCGCUGUCAGCACUCAACACCAUCAACUUUACAUCCUACUCGUAUUUUCGACAAAAUGUGUUUGAGGCAAGCAAUGGCUGGGACAUUCGGAAUGGACUCUCUGGAAUUUUGAUUGGGCCUCUGGCAAGUGCCAUCUCGACCGUGGAAAACGUAAUCAAGACACAAAUGCAAGUGGACAACGUCCGAUCCAAACAAUUCCAGGGAUCGCUGCAUUGCAUGAGAACACUGGUGCAACUUCAUGGACCACAGAUUAUCUAUACAGGACACAUGGUUAACACAACUCGCGAAGGAGUGUUUCUUGGAACCUAUUUCUUCGUCUACGAAGGGUUUCGGGAAAUGCUCUUUAGAACGGCCAACAGUAACACUGACAAUCACCAGGGCUCAACAAAUACGACAACAACACACAAGGUCAAUCCUUCCAAGCUGAACACAGGAAGGGAUCCUUGCAAGUUAUAA